GGCGGGCGGCCUGGCUGUGCUGCGCGCCGCCGCGCUGGCCGUGUUGCAAGGAUUGGGAAUGAAAGUAGUUCAAUAAGCCUUGUGCGGCGAGCGGUCUGGUCGGGGCGAAGCGCGCGCCGAGCGCACCAGCAGCGGCGCAGCAGCAGACGACGGGACGGUAGCAGACGACGCGCCGCCUCCACCCACCUGGAUAUACCCGUGUGUGCGUGUGUGUGUGUGUCGAUAAGAGAGUUGAGUGAAGGCCGGGCAGAGGGCCCGCGAGUGAUAGUGAGUGUUGUUCUAUUAACGUGAGUGAUCGCGAGUGUUGCUCCACGGUGUUGGCCGCCAUGGUGCGGGCAGUGCCGCCGCGCCCGAGGUAGAGACCACUAUGGCGGAGGACAGACUGGUGCCCGAGCCACCCUGGAGUGAGAGGACCGCGACGAGGACGACGACGAGGAGCUGAGGAGGACGACGACGCCGCCGUCCAGGAUGUCGACGCGGACGGCGCCGCCGCCCGCCGCGCUGCCGGACCCGCUGGCCAGCGGCAGCGGCAACAGCUCUGAGAUAUUCCACAACAUGUGGCAGGACAUCGAGAGCGUGCUGCUGGGGCAGCCCGCCGCCCCGCAGGCCGCGCCCGUCUGCGUGCCGGUGCCCGCCUCCCCGCCGGGGGCCCUGACGGCGGACUCGGUCGUGGACUCCGGCGCCAUGGAGUGCCUGCCGCCGCCCCUGCCGCCGGCGCCCCCUUACCUGGUGCCGGACGGCGAGGACCCGCUCGCCUACCAAGCCGAGGAGUUUGUCGACCUGGACAUGCUCAUCAACUUCGCCACCGAGCAGGGUAGUUUUUACUCGCCACCACCGCCUCAGCAACAGCAGCAGCAGCAGCAGCAACAGCAGCAACAGCAGCAGCAGCAGAUUAAAGACGAACAAUACAUGUACCAGGCCAGCAUGGAGGCCAGCCCGAGCCCCCUGGACGAGCACAUGGGCAUGCUGAGGCUGGAGCCGUACCCGGGGCUGCAGGACGGCGGGCAGCAGGACGCCAUGCACGACAGCCUCCAGGACGCCACGUACUGCGGCAUGAUGACUAUCGUGCACACGGACAUGGCCGACAUGUCGUUCCAGGUGCACCAGGUGCACCAAGUGCCGCAGGUGGCGUACUGCCACGGGCAGAUGUCACCGCCGGCCAGCCCAGACACCCUGCUGCCGCCGAUGCAGACCCUGCACCACCCGCAGCAGCAGACACCGAUGCAGGCGCCCAUGUCCAUCCUGGCCACGCACCUGCAGCUGCCGCCGCUGCAGUCGUGCGUCGCCAAGGUGAUGACCCCGCCGUCGUCGCCCAACCUCGCUGACCUGCUGUCGUCGUCGGCGGCCUCGGCGCGGAAGACGACGCUGCUGCCGCCGCUGCUGCCGCCCAUGGCACCGCCGCCGGCCGCGCUCCUUCCGGACGGCGCGGACGCGCCGGCGCCGACCCCCGCGCCGCGGGGCCGGGGGCGGAAGGCCUCGGGCGCGGGGGCGGCGCCGGGGGUGGCGCCCAAGCCCAAGGGGCGGCGCGCCGGCGGGCGCAAGAAGCUGAGCUCGCACACGUGCGGGCAGCCGGGCUGCGGCAAGACGUACACCAAGUCGUCGCACCUCAAGGCGCACCUCCGCACGCACACGGGUGAGAAGCCCUACCAGUGCGGCUGGAAGGGCUGCGGCUGGACCUUCGCGCGCUCCGACGAGCUGACCCGGCACUACCGCAAGCACACCGGCGACCGGCCCUUCCAGUGCCGGCUGUGCGACCGCUCCUUCUCCAGGUCGGACCACCUGGCGCUGCACAUGAAGAGGCACACCAACGCGUGAGGACGCGCCCCGGGCCGCCCCCCGGGCCGCCCCCGGGCCGCCCCCGGGCCGCCCCCGGCGAACGCAAAAGACUUAAGUGCCAUAGCGCCGCCUGCGCGGAAGUGGACCUCGACUGGGCGACCAUCCCAGUGAAAAAUCUGAAACUUUGACUCGCUCGUCGCGAGGAGUUGAUCCACGGCUCGUGUUGCGCAUUUUUCACUGGGGUGCCUUUCUUUUUAAUCUUCCGCCCUUUGCGAUUUAAUGUUGUUUUUUUGUUUUUUUUUCAAGGAAGACUGUGAUAAAUGGAAUUCGUAAUUUGUACAAUUUACGUAAAUUAAAGGAAAUAAAUUGAACUUGGGGUUUCGAUGCCCCAGUUCGCGGCGCCGUGCCCAGAUCCAUAUUCCUUCCUAGUCGUUCACGUUGCUGUGUUGUAUUUUUUUGCGGUUGUGAAAACUCGGACCGAACUGGGAUAGUGGAUGGUACUCGAGUAAGUUUCCGAAUAAAUGUAUGUUUUAUGUUCGUGUUGUUCAAACGAGUUUGAUACAAUCUGUAGGACUCGGUAGAACUACUUACGACGUAGUUAGUGUAUGUAGUACAGAUAGGUUCCCGUUCUGUCUUCUAUAUCACGUUGCCUCGGAUCUGCACCAUGCCUUCUUUGUUUUAUAGUCCAAGUUUAUGUGAUUCAGUAACAUGCAUAUUAAAGUGACUUAGAAAGAAAAAAAAACUGUAAUGUUUUCGUUUGUGUACUCAUAUUUUCACCUCAGCAAAUCAAUUUCUGUGAAGUAGAUUAAUGACUUAAAACAAAAAAAAAAUGUUGAGAAUGGCAGCAUGUCAUUAUUUAUCGUCUCUCUACUAGUUAGUAGGAAUUUAGGAAGUUACCACAAUAAGUCAAUACAAAUGUUUACCUGUUUAGAUUUUAUUUAAAAUUUUACAUCGUCCAACUGUAACAUAUCUCUCUUACCCCGUCCUGUUAGUUCAUACAGCAUGACUUAGUUUUUAUGAAAUCCUAUGUGAGGAUAUGUUAGUCUUUAAUGUACCAGUGAUCGUACCACGAGUGCCCUAGAGCGUGCCAUAUAGGCUCCGAGCCAGGCCCAUCUACGUGUAUCGUAUAUGUGUGACAGCGUUCCCAAACGUAUGACUGAGGUGUAAGAAUCAUGGGUGACAAAAAAGUGGAUGAUGAAGAGAGUCUAUAUUGUGACACGUGCAGUAUGUACUUUCUACACAAAUCAAAAUGCAUAUGUGAUGAUCUCAACCUGUGUUUUACAUGUACUUUCAUUGUAAGGGGUGAAGACAAAGCAUGUUUACAAAGUAUUUUACCUUAUGUGUGAUGCACAAGUCAUAUGCAUAGCUCUGAAAUAAAACUGAAGCAGCAGGGAUGUUGCCAUCAUGAUAUAA